AUGACGGAAGCAGCAAUUAAAGGAGGACUUACACAAGCAAGUAUGCGAUAUGCUCAGGCGAACAACAACAAGGUUCCCGAUUAUGACUCCUCAAAGCCAGAGUCGUGGAUUGCAUACCUAGACGCAACAAAUCUCUACGGUUGGGCUAUGUGUAAAUAUAUGCCAAAGGACGGAUUUAAAUGGUAUGAGGGCAAUCUAGAUGUUGAAAAUAUUUUAAAAUUGUUGGAAAGUUCAAACGAAAAAUCAAAAAUCGGAUUCUCGUUAGAAGUUGAUGCAUUAUAUCCUCAAUCCUUGCAUGACGAGCAUAACGAGUUACCGUAUCUUCCAGAAAGGAUGGUCCCCCCUGGAUCAAAGAUAAAAAAACUCAUUGCCAAUUUACAACAUAAAAAAAAAUAUGUUGUUCAUUAUAUGGCAUUGAAACAAGCUCUGAAAGCAGGAUUAAUAUUAGAAAAGGUGCAUCGAGUUUUACAAUUUAAUCAAUCACCAUGGCUUCAAAAAUAUAUUGAGUUGAAUACUAAAAUGAGAAAGAACGCAUUAAACGAUUUUGAGAGAGACUUUUUUAAAUUAAUGAACAAUGCAGUAUUUGGGAAGACUAUGGAAAAUGUAAGAAGUAGAUUAAAAAUGAAACUCGUUUCUGACGAAAAAACGUGUUCAAAGUUAAUUAACCGAAAUACGUUUAAGGACAUUACAAUUUAUAACGAAAACCUAGGUUUAAUACAUUUGGAUGUAGAUGAAUUGAAAUUCGAUAAACCAAUAUACGUAGGGUUUGCGAUUUUGGACAUAUCAAAGACAUUAAUUUAUGAUUUCCAUUAUAACUCUAUGGUUAAAAGUUAUGGUUCAAAUAUUCAACUGAUGUAUACGGAUACAGGUACAUAUAUUGCAUAA